AUGGCGAAGAAGGCUAACGCGGAGACGCAGAAAAAAAAAAAACACAAGGACAUCGAGCAGUAUGAGGCAAGGACAUUCAACAGAGAAAUCAGCAACAAAAUUAAGAGGAAAAGUUUCAACCUACCAAGAGUUAAGAGAAAUGGAAUAAUCAGUUAUGACGAUGACGACGAUGAUGAUAAUUAUAAUGGGGUUGGAGGAGGACGGCGAAGUGGUAGCCAGAGCGAAGAACAGAAUAGAAAGAAGAGUAGGAAGCUCGAAAAGGGACAACUGAAGCUGAAGAAAAUGCUAGAAAAAAUAAAGAACAGGAAAAAAAAAAGUAAAAGUCCGCUGGUGGAAGAAAUUACCAAAAUUGAGAAUAAGAUGAAACACUGCCAUGAUAUUAGAAAUGAAGUGGCAGCCAUUUCGAACAGCAUCAUUGGGAACCAGGACAUGCACAUUGAGAAGUUCGACUGUCUCUUCUUCAUCUGUCGGGAAAGCAUAACCAAAGGGAGGGAGCUCCAGAAAAGGGCUACCAUCGGAAAUGGCACCGCCGCAAACCCGGACAGCAAACCGUUUACCGACGAAUUGGAGAGGAAAAUCAGGUACUACCAAAUGACCAACGCAUUGACCUGUAUAUCCAUCUGUACGGUGCUCAAGUGCAUAACACCGUCAUACAAAAUUAUCGGCAGUGAAAACAUCCCAGGGGGGAAAAAAAAUUCCACCCCAGGAAAGGGGGAACCUACCUCUUCAAUAGGCGAGACAGACCAGCGUGUAAACACCAAAGCAGGGGGAGGCGCCCUGAAGAGCCUUUCCAAGAUAAUGAUAAAUGUAAACAACAUAGAGCAGAAGAUAGUUCACUACUUCAAGCAAUUCUGCACUAUGUUAAAAGAAAACAUCCGUCACAAUGUAACUCUGUUUGUGAAUCUGUUAUGCGAAAUAGUUACCGUCAAUUUGCACCUCUCCAGAAGUGAAGGACUUUUUGAGUACCUCACGUUGUAUGCAAAUAUACACACCUACUCGAAGAAGAAAUACAACGCCAUCGUGGCGAAGAGAGGAGCACUCACCAAAAAAGGAAAGACGAAUGUACACCUCCUCUGUAUGAAGUGCCUCAACAGUCUUAAAGAAAUUAUCGACAAUGACUCCAACUUAUCCUUUACCAUAACGUUAGUGGAUUAUUUUACCAACUCCCUUUUUAAUAGGGAACAAAAUGUGAGUCCCAACUUAUUAAAAAUUUUCUCUCAGAUUAGCAUUACUGAGAAGAAGAUCAACGCAAAGUUAUUUUCUGCUGAAGACGUAACGGAUGGUGGAUUGGGAAAAGGGAAGGAUGAUACAAUUAGGACGAAGACUAACGUCUGUGGGGAGUUAAAAAUUAUUGAAAAAAACACCGAAAGGAUACUGGACCAGCUGUUUUUAGUUUAUUUAUGCGUGUUAAGGGGUUAUAAGAAGCACUCCGUCGCUUUUGUGAAGAACGCCCUGCAGGGAAUAGCCCAUUAUGCCCUUUACGUGAAUAAGCUCCUAAUGGAUGACGUCUUUGCAGAGGUGAAGGCGCUGGCCAUGGGGGGGGAAGCAAGCAUUAGCGGUGUUGCCAAUGUAGGAAGUGUUGACAGCGUUGACGGAGCUGGUGAUGCGGUACCGCCCCCCCUGAGACUCACCUCAGCGCGCAUUUUUCUCGAAAUGAUAAACAAAGUAACGGACGACAGUUUCUACAUUGACUGCUCCUGGGUGGCGAAUACCCUCCUAUCCCUCCUGGAUGUAUCCCUGCCCUAUUUCCACCUGGGAUCGGUGCACUUCCUCUUCGAGCAUCAGAAUUUUGUGUACAACAGUUUUGCCGACUUUGGAAAGUGCAGCCAGAGUGAUCCCCUCACAAGGGGAAGACAGAACGGUAAAAACAUGGAGAACGCGAAACGGAGUAACCCUGUAGUAGGUAACGAAUCAGGGGAAGUACAAAUGGGGUCCAAACACACAAGUGAGAAAUACAACUUUUGCGCAGAGCUGCUCUACUGCAUUGAGUUGCUCCUAAAGACGAAGAGCUUCACAAGUACCUACAACACUUUCAAAUCUAACAACAAUCAGCUACUAGCCCGAAUCAUCUUCCAGUUGUACAACAUUGCUAUGCACUCAGACUACAUAAUUUCUUUUUGUAUUCUACGUGUUGUCCAGAAAAUUUUGGAAAAAUACCCCCUAGUCAGAUCUAUUGUAGAUGAGGACGGAAUUGUUAUCUCCUCCAUGAAUGAUAAUUUGUCCAUUUCUUUUUCCAACGUUCUGUUUCAUUCCUGUUUUGCUGAGGACUUAUCCUCCGACGCGUUGGAAAUUUCUUUGUAUGACUCUGACGAGAGUAGGAAGAACGCCCUUUUGAGUAGCUACACAAGUCAGCACGUGCGGAAGAAGGACCCCAAUAAAGUAAUCCACUUUAACCUCUCCUUGAGUGAACCCAGAAUUGUAGAUGCGGACACAUUUAUGAAGUACACCCCCGGUGAAUGGGAUAGUGAAUCUAACCAAGGUGGCUUUAAAAAGUUGCUUUGUCCCCCCCGUGAUGUGACUAGUAUGGGUUUUAAGAAGGCAUCUUUUGGGAAACCUGCCCUUGAGAAGACCCCCCUGAAAUUCACCGGUACAAGUGCGAACCUAUCCGUUAACCACGUCCCCUCACAUAUGCUCACCGCGAUGGACUUUCUCCAAAUUGUUUUUUCCCCCUACGAGGAUUUGAUCAGAUAUUUUGGAAAGGACUGCGAUAGGGGGGGAGAUUCACCCGAUGAAAGUGUCCACCCCAACAACAGUCACGUGGGGGGAAGCACCACGGGAGAGGUCAUCAAACAACACGGUAAGGUAAAUCGAAGGAGCAUUCAAAAGGGGAAGAAGAAGCGCAACGAUGGGAAGAGCGGCAACAAGGCAGGUUGA